AUGAGCUCGAUAGAGGGAACACCAUCACUGGAGUUUGAUGACGUGAUUCAAAAUAGAGACCAACUCGUGUUUCUGGAUAAUGCUAGUAAAUAUUUCACCAAGUCGGAAAAACAACAAGUUGAUAUUGAAAAAACCAGUAAUAGAUUUAAAUAUCUUCUUGGAUUGACUGGAUUAUUCCGUCAUUUCAUUGAGGCUAAAGCUAAUAAGGAUCCCCUUUUCCGUAAAAUUGUUGACGAUUUGCAUGAUCUGGAAGCCAAGCAUAAAUCUACAAGUCAUGACUCGAUGAGAAGGAGAAAAACAGAAAAAGAAGAGGAUGCAGAGUUAUUGAAAGAACAAGGUUCGUCUAAACAGCCAUUUGAAUUUACUGAAAGCCCAGGCUAUGUAAAUGGAGAAUUGAGACCUUAUCAAAUUCAAGGUUUGAAUUGGUUAGUUUCAUUAUAUGAAAAUAACUUGUCGGGUAUAUUGGCCGACGAGAUGGGAUUGGGCAAGACGUUACAGACAAUUUCGUUUUUGGGGUAUUUGAGAUUCAUGUACAAAAUCAAUGGUCCUCAUUUGGUGAUUGCUCCGAAAUCGACUUUGGAUAAUUGGUAUAGGGAGUUUCAAAGAUGGAUUCCUGAUAUCAACGUGCUAGUGUUGCAAGGUGACAAGGAGGAGAGAGCCAACAUGAUCAAAAAUCGGGUAAUGACCUGUGACUUCGAUGUCGUUGUAGCGUCAUACGAAAUUGUCAUUAGAGAAAAGUCCACAUUUAAAAAGUUUGAUUGGGAGUAUAUUGUUAUUGAUGAGGCACAUAGGAUAAAAAAUGAGGAAAGUUUAUUGUCUCAAAUCAUCAGAAUGUUUCACUCGAAAAACAGAUUAUUGAUUACUGGUACUCCAUUGCAAAAUAACCUUCGUGAAUUGUGGGCAUUAUUGAAUUUCAUAUUGCCCGAUGUGUUUGCCGAUAAUGAUUCAUUUGAUGAAUGGUUUCAAAAGGAUGAGACUAAUGAAGAAGACGGAGAAGUCAUUUCUCAAUUGCACAAGGUUUUAAAGCCAUUCUUGUUGAGGAGAAUCAAAGCAGAUGUUGAGAAAUCAUUAUUGCCGAAAAAGGAGUUGAAUAUAUACACCAAGAUGACACCUAUGCAAAAACAUUUGUACCAAAAGAUAUUGGAAAAGGAUAUUGAUGCCGUUAAUGGAGCUAAUAAAAAGGAAUCCAAAACGAGAUUGCUCAAUAUAGUUAUGCAAUUGAGAAAAUGCUGUAACCAUCCGUACUUGUUUGACGGGGUAGAACCAGGGCCUCCAUAUACAACCGAUGAACAUUUGGUGUAUAACGCGCAAAAGAUGAUCAUUUUGGAUAAAUUGUUGAAAAAAUUCAAAGCUGAAGGGUCAAGGGUAUUGAUAUUCUCCCAAAUGAGUAGAAUGUUGGAUAUCUUAGAAGAUUAUUGUUACUUUCGAGAAUAUUUUUAUUGUCGAAUCGAUGGGCAAACUGAACAUGCCGAUAGAAUCAACGCCAUUGAUGAAUAUAAUAAACCCGGUAGUGAAAAGUUUGUGUUUUUGUUAACAACAAGAGCUGGUGGAUUAGGUAUCAACUUGACCACGGCUGAUGUUGUAAUCUUAUUUGAUUCGGAUUGGAACCCACAAGCUGACUUGCAAGCUAUGGAUCGUGCUCAUAGGAUUGGCCAAACUAAACAAGUUAAAGUGUUUAGGUUUAUCACUGAAAAUGCCAUUGAAGAAAAGGUAUUGGAGAGGGCAGCCCAAAAGUUGCGUUUGGAUCAAUUGGUGAUUCAACAAGGCCGUAACAAUACUGCCGGAUUGGAUGGACAACAAAGUGGUAAAGCCGCAUCAAAGAAUGAGUUGUUGGAUAUGAUUCAAUUUGGUGCUGCUGAUGUGUUUAAAAAGGACCAAGAAGAACAGGAGCAGGAACAAGAAGGAGGAGAAAAAGGACAAGAUUUAGAUAUUGAUGAAUUGUUGAAACAUUCAGAGGAGAAAACACAAGAAUUGAAUGAAAAGUAUGCUAAAUUAAACUUGAAUGCAUUGCAGAACUUCACCAAUGACGAAAGUGUUUAUGAGUGGAAUGGUGAAAAUUUCAAAAAGAAGGAACCAACAGCAAUCACCAACGUGGGGCAUGCCUGGAUCAACCCAGGUAAACGAGAACGUAAAGAAAACUAUUCCAUUGAUAUGUAUUAUAAGGAUGUGUUGCACACUGGUGGUGGUCGUUCUCAACAAACCGUGUCUAAAUCGGGGCCCAAACCCCCCAAGCAAUUGAAUUUGUAUGAUCAUCAAUUUUUCCCACCCAAAGUGUUUGAAUUGUAUGAAUUAGAAAAGAAUUACUAUAAAAAGCAGAUUCAGUAUCAAGUGCCAUUGAAAGCGGGCGAUGAAUCGACUUUAAAACAACGGGAAUUGGAGCAGAAAUUAGAGCAGGAGGAGAUUGCUCAAUCGCGUCCAUUAACUGAUGAAGAACGACAAUUGAAGUUGGAUUUGAUGAAGGAGGGUUUUGGUAAUUGGAAUAGAAAAGAUUUUUACCAUUUUAUAUCGAGUUGUGCCAAGUACGGGCGUAAUUCGAUCCCAUUGAUUGCCUUGGAAUUUCAGGGUGACAAGACUGAGGAACAAGUGCGUGAAUAUGCCAAACAGUUUUGGCUCAAGUAUCAAGAAAUUGAAGGGUUUGAAAAAUAUCUAAAUCAAAUCGAACUAGGUGAAGAAAAGAUAAUCAAAUUGAAAACACAAAAGGAGGCAUUGAGAAGAAAAUUAUCCCAAUAUCAGCAUCCAUUAGUCGAGUUAAAGUUGAAGCAUCCUCCUUCUUCAAAUACGAAAAAGAUCUACAGCGAAGAAGAAGAUCGAUUCUUGCUUGUUCAAUUAUAUCGGUUUGGUCUUGAUCUGCCUAAUGUUUAUGAUUCAAUUAAAGAAGCGAUUCGUGACUCGCCGCUUUUCCAAUUUGAUUUUUUCCUACAAAGUAGAAAUGCUACUGAAUUGGCAAGAAGAUGUAAUACUUUGCUUGGAUGUGUUUUGAAAGAAGUUAACCCAGACGCAAAUGGGGGUAAACAGGUGAAUGAGAAUGGAAAUGGGAAUGGAACUAAACGGUCAAAAGAAUCCACGCCGGUGUCUGCUUCAAAAAGAAGUAAAAAGUAA